AUGGACGCCAAAAACGGAACAGCAAAUCUAAGCAAGGUGAAAUUCAAUACUCAACUGGAACACGAAUACAUUCAAAAUUUCAAGAUAUUACAAAUAGCCUUUAAAAAGGCAGGUGUAGACAAGACUGUUCCCAUUGAAAGGUUGAUCAAAGGUAGAUUUCAGGAUAACUUCGAAUUCCUUCAAUGGUUUAAAAGAUUCUUCGACGCAAAUUGUAAUGAUAGUGUUGACUAUGACCCCGUCAAUGCUCGAGGUGGUACUGCCUCGAGGAGUGCCAAUACUGGUGCAGCUACUAAGAGAACGACUGCAGGCGUUAGAACUACGGGAGUCAAAUCUAAACCAGCAGAGAAACCUCGCACGAUGGCACCUGCAGGUAGAACUACAAAGCGAGCACCCGCUAGUAAUAAUAGCAAUCAAGUGAAUGAACUCAAUGCACAAAUUACUGAACUAAAGCUAACCGUGGAAGGACUCGAGAAAGAACGAGACUUUUACUUCAAUAAAUUACGAGAUAUUGAGGUAUUAUGUCAACAGGAUACUGCUCACGAUUCUCCAAUAAUAGCACAAAUCCUAGAGAUUAUGUACGCUACCGAGGAUGGAUUUGCUGCUCCAGAAGAUGAAGUAGAAGCCGGAGGAGAAGAAAUUGAGGAAUACUAA